GAGCUGGACCGCAGAGAGGAACACGGAUCGACGGCGGGCAGGAGCAGCACAUCGACCCGCGAGUGCUGAACAAGUGCCCGAUCUUCAACGGCAAAGACGAAGCCUGGCAGGAGUGGUCAUUCAUCUUCCAGAGCGUGUGCGGAAUGGCUGAUCUAGAGGACACCCUCGACGCAGCAUCGAGAGACCUGACGGACCUGAAGUUCAGCGUGUUCAGUCCAGAACAGCAGCAGAGGGCCAAGCAGCUCUACUGCCUGCUGGUCAACACGGUCAGGGGCAAGGCACUGACGUUGGUGAGAGGCGCGGAGAAGCAUAAUGGCAUCAUCGCAUGGAAGAGGAUCAAAGCUGAGUGCGCGCCAGACGUCGGAGGGAGACACACCGCAUUGCUGAUGGGGAUCUUGCAGCCAGGCUGGGACCAGAGAGCGACAAGCCAGGAGUUCACGAAAGACUUGACAGAAUGGGAAACCCGCAUCACAGAGUACGAGACGGAAAGCACCGAGACGGUCAGCGACGCGAUGAAGAUCGCAGCGUUGGCAAGCCAUGCUCCAGAAUCAGUUCGAGCAAUGGUGAGACUGGCGACAGGGCCAGCGAACGGACGCUACAAGGAAGUGCAGCAGAGCAUCCGAGAGUACCUCCAGUCCGGCAGGACCUUCAACAGGAACGGCAGGAGCGUCGGAGUCGAUGACCAGAUGGGACCCACACCGAUGGACGUCGACGCAGCUUACAACAGCUGGAAAGGUGGCGGAAAGGAUCGCGGCAAGGGUGGCAGUGGCAAAGGUAAAGGUGGUUGCUUCAUGUGCGGACGGCCUGGGCACAGAGCUGAGAACUGCAGAUUGAAGGGCAAAGGCAAAGGCGACGGCUCAAAAGGUAAAGGUCGAGGUGGAGCAGCAGCAGGACCCAAGACCAGGUUCGAGGGCGACUGCAAGCAUUGCGGCAAGAAAGCGACGGCGGUCAUCGAGGAGGUGAAAGCGGACAACGACAACGAGUACGGGCGCACGCUGUGCGAGCACUGGGACGACUAUAGCGACGCAAAGGACCAGCACGAGGACACAGGCGAGCACGACGAGGAUUCAGAGGUGCACCCCUGGGAGAUCGAAGCCUACGAGUGCGAGGAUAACCGCGCGCAUGAGCACGAGGGCCAGGUCGAGACCAUGAAUGACGACGACGUCGAGUCGCCAGAGGUUCAGAGCAAUGACGACCAAGAGGGCGGCGACCAGAGCGACGAUGGCGACAAGUGGGUGUUCAAUGUGUGGAGAGAAGGCCUCGGCCAGGCAGGUGACGAGUUCCUUCCCUUGGACAGCGCUUGCGAGGAGCACACCUGCCCGUGGGACUUCGCCGAGGAUGGAGUUGACAUCGGACCUGGUGGAGUUCGGCUUCGAGGCGCGAACGGAGACAAGAUCCCGUCAGGCCGAAAGACCCUUGUCGAGCAUGCGGUGCUGGACAUCAACGGCCGCGCGAUCAUCAACGCCAAGACGCCGUUCGUGCAGAGCGAUGUGAAGAGAGCGCUCCUGAGCGUCGGCAAGCUCGCGAGGAACGGCGUCGACAUGCACUUCAAGAAAGACGACCCGUGGCUGGAGAUCGACACCGACCGAGGACGGGUGAAGGUUCCAGUGCGCAUGAAGGGACGUACGUUUGGACUACACAUCAAAAGGAAGCUAUCGCCCAUCAAGCCGACGGUGAUGAUCGCGCCAGUCGGGGGCGAGGUGAUGCAGCUGGCACCAGGGUUCGACAGCGCGGCGAGCCAGUCGGUCAAUGGGGGGCUCCUCAGCGGCAGUUCGGUGGGAGACAUGCGGAAGAGGCUGAAGGAGCUCAAGGCCCCGAUCUGGGGUACCAAGCAGCAGCUGCGGGGGCGCUCGGUGCACGCGGAGGCGAAGCUCGCGUUGCAGAUCAGGGAUGAGAAGUGGCUCGAGGAGCGCGCGAGGGAGCGGGCAGAAGCUGGAGGCCAGGGCGAAGUUAUCGUACCACGAGCGCCAGCUGAACCGACACCAGAAGAGCGAGCACGACACGAGGUCACGCACCUGCCUUAUCAGCCGCGGUGCGCGUGGUGCGUCAUGGGCAAGGGCAGGGCCAAGCCGCGCGAGCAGAGGCCAGAGGAGACGAAGAAGCCACCCGAGUUCGAGAUGGAUUUCUGCUACCUUCUGCAGGCGAUACUCAAGGUGGACCCUGAGCAGGCGCUGGGAGUGAUCGCAGAGAAGGUAAGGCAGAAGUGCCUGACCGACGGGAUCAAGCUCGAGAUCAAGAAGACGCCGAGGUUCAGCAGCCAGAGCGUGGGAGGUGGGGGCAGAGCUCAGCAAUCAGCUGAGGGCCAGAUAAGGACGAUGAGGCUGGACAUGGAAGCGCGGUUAGGCAUACAGAUCGACCCCUCCAUGGACAUCUGGCCCUGGAUAGUGAGGCGCGCUGGCUGGGUGCUCGAGCGGUGCCGCGUGAAGGCGAACCACAGAACAGCCUACGAGGACAGCUACGGCAAAGCGUACCAGGGAGAAGUUCUGAAGUUCGGAGAAGCGGCGCUCUUCAAAUUAUCGGUCACGGCGACAGGCAAAAUACGAGGUGGAGUUAGACAAGGACGAGCUGCCGCCAGGUUCGAGAGAGGGAUCUGGUUGGGCAAGACAGUCGAGUCGGACGAGCACCUGUUCGGGACCAGCGAGGGCGUGUUCACCACCAGGACGGUCAAGAGGGUGCCAGACCCAGAGCAGAAUCGAGCGGACCUCAUCAAGGCCAUCAAGGGCACGCCGUGGGAUAGGUGCACCUGGAGCCACAAGGUGGUGCUGCAGCAGGAAUCGCUAGGCAUCAGGACGCCGACCGAGAAGAAGGCGAGGGUGGACGAGCUGGUCACAAUGGACGCGGAAGAGCACCAGGCGGACUUCGACGACGACGCCUACCUGCAGGAGAACAGGGACGAGUACCAGGGCGCCGACCCUGAUAUCGUGAAGGCCAUUCUUAAAGGAAAGGAGAAGGAGAUGAACGCGAUGGAGGAGUUCGACAUCUUCGACCUUGUGGAUAAGAUCCCUGAUGACGCAGAUCUUCUGUCCACGAGAUGGGAAAACGUACCCAGAGGCCCAGACGAGUGGAGAUGCAGAUUCGUUGCAAGAGAAUUCAAGAGCGACGAUCCUGACCUCGAAGGGCUGUUCACGGCAGGAGCUACCGGCAGCACUGGAAGGCUCAUAGACCAGCACGCGGUGCAGCACGGUUACAACACGAUGGUCCUGGACGCCCAGAACGCGUACUUCCACGCCGACGAGGACGAGGAGGUGUACGUGGAUCCGCCAGUUGAGUGGGUCAAGCGGUACCACGCUCGCGGCGGCAAGAUCGAGAGGCCAUGGUGGAAGAUGAGGAAGCAGCUUUACGGGAAGCGCAAGGCCUCCAAGAAGUUCAACCAGUACGUGACAGACCAGACCAAGAUGCUUGGGAUCGAUCAGCGCCCCGAGCAGCCAAGCAUCUUCAGAAGGCCAGGCUCAACACUGGUGUUCGAGGUGCAUCAGGACGACAUCUACUCGUCAGGGAGCGACGCGGAGUUGAAGUGGCUGAAGGAGAACUUAGCGCCAGCACUCAAGCUCAAAGAGGCGAAUAUCAUGAAGGUUGGAUCAGUGUACUCAUAUCUCAGAGCGACGCGCACCAGAGUCGAUAAGCACACGAUCCACAUAGCGCCGAGGCCAAAGUACAUCGAAGACAUCUUGAGCGAGCUCGGGCUGACUGACUGCAAGGACGUGCCGACACCGAUGGUCAAUACGCGGAAGAAAGGGGACCUGGAGUUGCCAGUCGUGAGCCCAGUCGACAAGAAGUCGCACAACAAGCGCGUCGGGAUCCCCAGGCAUCUUCUGAAGCACAGGCCAGACAUCCCGUACGCAGUUCACGAGCUGAGCAAGCCACUCAGCGCACCGAGGGACCCAGACAUACAGAGGCUCAGGCGGUUGGCAAGGUACCUGAAGGGCACGGCAGACUACGGGAUUUUGGUCGCGAAGAGCGACAACACCGAGUACCUGGACGCCUACUCAGAUGCAGACUGGGCAGGAGACGUUAACGACAGGAAGAGCACAUCAGGCUGCGCGCUGAAGUUCGGCACGACGAACCUCAGGGAGUUCACGGUGGGCCAGAAUUGCCGGGCACUCUCCUCAGGAGAGAGCGAGUACUACGCGGCAGUCACCACGGUGGCGGAGGGCCUCCACAUGCAGAGGCUGAUGGAGUUCAUAGGGUUCCCAUUGGAGCUCGAGCUCAGGCUGGACUCGACGGCGGCUCGAGGCAUUAUAUCAAGGACUGGGUGUGGAGCGCUCAAGCACAUAGAGACGAGGCUGCUGUGGCUGCAAGCGAAGUCCGACGAGAAGAAGCUCAAAGUUCACCAAGAGCCGACUGCUACCAACACGGCAGACGGCUACACCAAGUCACUGCAGGCCACGAAGUUCGUGGAGUGGAGAGCGGGGCUUGGCAUGGGAUCCGACAACGGAGACGAGCUCGAGACCAGCAAGCGCGAGGCGCUCAGUGGCGACAGCGGCCAGUGGGCAGGCAGAAACAAACGACCAAGAGCGUUGUUGGCGGCAGCGAUGAUGCUCAGCACGACGAAGGCGGAGAACCAUAUAGCAGUGAUGGACAGCUACGAGGUGGUGAGUCCGACGACGGUGACACCAUGCACGGCAUCGCAGAUGAGUUGGACCAUGCUGCUCAUGAUCAGGAUGAUCAGUUUAGUGGUUGGCUGCAUAAUGCACCACUACGCGGUGAAGAAGCUCACGGAGUUCCGCGGCACUUCCCUUGAGGCCGUCGGGGAGGUGCGGACGAAGAAGCCCAAGCUGAAGGGCACGAGGCGGACCGUGGCUACACAAUCGAUGACGACGUACGCCAGAG